AUGGGAGAUUGGAUGACUGUUACAGAUCCAGGUCUGUCUUCAGAAAGCAAAACUAUCUCUCAAUAUACCUCAGAAACAAAGAUGUCUCCAUCAAGUUUAUACUCACAACAAGUGCUAUGUUCUUCAAUACCUUUAUCAAAAAAUGUGCACAGUUAUUUUAGUGCCUUCUGCACAGAAGAGAAUAUUGAGCAAAGUAUCUCAUAUCUUGAUCAGGAAUUGACUACUUUCGGUUUUCCUUCAUUAUAUGAAGAAUCCAAAGGUAAAGAGACAAAGAGAGAAUUAAAUAUAGUUGCUGUUUUAAAUUGCAUGAAUGAGCUACUUGUACUUCAGCGGAAGAACCUUCUAGCUCAGGAAAAUGUGGAAACACAGAAUUUGAAACUGGGAAGCGAUAUGGACCAUCUACAGAACUGCUAUGCAAAACUUAAGGAACAACUGGAAACCUCCAGGAGAGAAAUGAUUGGUCUUCAGGAAAGAGACAGACAAUUACAGUGCAAGAAUAGGAAUUUGCAUCAGCUACUGAAAAAUGAGAAAGAUGAGGUGCAGAAAUUACAAAAUAUCAUUGCAAGUCGAGCUACUCAGUAUAAUCAUGAUAUGAAGAGAAAAGAGCGUGAAUAUAAUAAACUAAAGGAACGUUUACAUCAACUUGUUAUGAACAAGAAGGAUAAAAAAAUUGCUAUGGAAGUUUUAAAUUAUGUGGGGAGAGCUGAUGGGAAAAGAGGCUCCUGGAGGACGGGUAAAACCGAAGCCAGGAAUGAAGAUGAAAUGUAUAAAAUUCUCUUGAAUGAUUAUGAAUAUCGUCAGAAACAAAUCCUAAUGGAAAAUGCUGAACUUAAGAAGGUUCUUCAGCAAAUGAAAAAGGAAAUGAUUUCUCUUCUUUCUCCCCAAAAGCAGAAACCUAGAGAAAGAGCAGAUGAUAGCACUGUUAUCUCUGAUGUUGAAGAGGAUGCUGGGGAGCUGAGUAGAGAGAGUAUAUGGGACCUUUCCUGUGAGACUGUGAGAGAGCAGCUUACCAACAGCAUCAGAAAACAGUGGAGAAUUUUGAAAAGUCACGUAGAAAAACUUGAUAACCAAGUUUCAAAGGUACACUUAGAAGGUUUUAAUGACGAAGAUGUAAUCUCACGACAAGACCAUGAACAAGAAACUGAAAAACUCGAGUUGGAAAUUCAGCAGUGUAAAGAGAUGAUUAAAACUCAGCAGCAACUUUUACAGCAGCAGCUCGCUACUGCAUGUGAUGAUGACACCACUUCACUGCUACGAGACUGUUACUUGUUGGAAGAAAAGGAACGCCUCAAAGAAGAGUGGUCCCUAUUUAAAGAGCAGAAAAAGAAUUUCGAGAAGGAAAGACGAAGCUUUACAGAAGCAGCUAUUCGCCUAGGAUUGGAGAGAAAGGCAUUUGAAGAAGAAAGAGCCAGUUGGUUAAAGCAACAGUUUUUAAAUAUGACUACCUUUGACCACCAGAACUCAGAAAAUGUGAAACUUUUCAGUGCCUUCUCAGGAAGUUCUGAUCGGGACACCCCUACAUUACACUCGAGGUCACGGCAAAAGAAGCCUCACGGUGUGCCUAGCGAGUCUCCAGUUUGCACGUCUAAACUGACUAAGUCUCUUCCUGCUUCUCCUUCUACUUCAGACUUUUGCCAGACACGUUCCUGUGCAUCUGAACAUAGCAGUUCAAUCAAUGUACUGAAUAUCACCCCUGAAGAAACUAAGCCAAAUCAGGUUGGAAGAGAAUGUACAAAUCAGAAGUGGAGCAUGUCGUCAAGGCCUGGGUCACAGGAAGGUUGCUAUAGUGGAUGCUCCUUGGCCUACACAAAUUCUCAUGUAGAGAAGGAUGACUUACCUUAG